AUGUUUGUCAACAAGAAACUCUUCAAUUUUUACAAAAACAAUACCUUUGCCUUUUGCCUGGGAAGCACAUGGUUCGUUCUCAUAAAUAGCGGCCUCCUGUUCACCGCAAAGUACUUUAACAGCUUUGAAAAUCGUCAUUCCUACAUUGACGACGCAGUCAGCGUCCUAAGGGUGUACCUUAAUUACGCGGAUAGUUCUAGCGUGAAAAUUUUAAAAAAAAAGGGUAACAUAGAUUCAUCCAACCAAAGGGCAAAAUGUGAACUCCUGUUGUCCCACAAUGGGGAGCACAUUUAUCUACAUGUGAACGCUGUGAAAAAAGACACGGGAAAAAAGGGACGCAACAACUCAGACGGAUUGGACAAUGAAGAAGAAGAAGAUGAAGAAGGUAGAGAUAUUUCCGACUAUAUAGAAAAUCCAUACUUAAUUAAAAAAGAAAUAAAGCUCCUUCUACAGAGGCUACGAUCGUUCUUUUCAUCCUUUGCCUCAAGCAGCGAUGACCAAGAUGGUGGGCAAUCUGACCAACACAGUCAAACGAGAGAAACAGGAGCAGACAGCACAGUGCAGCUUGAGAAGGGAGUACCAAACAAACAAGUGGAUAUAUUAAACAUCAUUGGAAAGGGAAACAAAUGGAAAAUCAACAAUAUAAUGAUGGUUAAAAAAAAAAAGUUAACAAACGAGCUGCUCGCAAAUGCAGAAAAUAAAUCCCUACGAAAUCGUAUAAACCUUUUGGUAAAUAAUUUUUUUCAUUACAAAUAUGAAAUACAUGCCGUGCAUGGGCAUCCUGCACACAAUUCUUACUUUUACAAAUAUGACCAGAAAAAAAAAACCUUUAGCCAAAAACAAAAAAAUUUGGGGAAAAUCCUAUUUUGUGCGUUCAUCCUUUCUACCGUUCUCGCCAUUAAAAGAAUUUACAUUUACACAAAUUCCUAUAUGGGUUUAAAUUUUGUCAAAAAGUUUGUCCUAGGGAAUGACGAGCUGUAUAAGAUUAUGGGGAAUAGUGCAAUUCAAAUUUUGAGCAUAUCUGGUGUGCAUGAAAAAAAUUACCUGAACAGCAAGGUGUUUAUUCAGGCUAUGGACAAACAGGGCGUGGUUCAAAUGACGGCCACGAGGGGUACAACGGACAAGAGCUUUUUCAUCCUGCACGCAAAACUUUUGCUGGGCAGUGAGACCAUCGAGUUGCGCAGGGGGGACUCUCGCGCUGGAGGUGUCCAUUAG